UUGAGUCUGCUGUUUUUCUGCACAACCAAACUCUCGACACCAUAUAAGAAAAAUCACUGUUUUAUUCCUUUUUGAAAAAGUAGGAUUGUUUACAUUAGAACUGGAUGCCUGAUAACUGAGACUAGUUGGUGUUUGGAUGCAAUAUUAGACAAUUCAGCAAUGCAAGAAUGGCUGAACGGAAAUUUAGUCGUGGCCUUAGAAAGCCAGGUAUGGCAGCACAGCUCAGAGAAUCAGUUUCUCAAGUUGUCAGAGAAACAGCUGUACAGAGCAAGCCCCAAAGGGCUGAACCUAUUGACUAUGAAGCUGUACUAGCUAAAAAUAGAAUCAUUUUUAACAAUGAUCCUCACAGAGAGCUUCUAUUGUUUCCACCUGAAGAUGUAUCUCAAAGCAAAAUAGCCAGGCAAUGCCGCACAACCAAGUCUACAGUUCCUGAAGAAAUUCUUCAGAAUGAAGGCAGCUAUUUCACACAGAAGUGUGCGCAGUUCUACACAUGUGAUUGGUCCACACUCUCAUUCAAGUAUAGGGCCUACAGUGGUAGCUGCCUUGAUUUACCAAGGCUAGAGAGACUUAGUUUGCUUACUGAUCCCAAGCAUGAAGUCGACGUCGAGGGAGAUGCAGAUGAUGAGAUGUUUUCUCCUGAAUCCCCACCUACUUUAGAAGGAUAUCUACUAAAGGGACCUGAAGGAGCUUCAGAGAAGAUGUUUGCUAAUAUUGCAACUAAAUCCUUUAAGCGGAGAUUUUGCAAACUACGCCAAGAUAUUACUGGGUCAUAUUUUCUUGACAUUUGUAAGGAAGAUAAAAAACAGGAUGCUGCGCUUUCCAUAAGCCUUGAUGAAUGCGAGGAUGUUGUAGCGAACAAAAGAAAGAACAAAUUCGGAUUCCAGUUGCGUUUGGUCAAUCAACGAUCUUAUGUAUUUGCAGCUAGCUCUGAAAGUGAAUUGAAUAAUUGGCUGGAGAAAUUGUGCAUGGCAGUGCAUUCGAGCAAACAAUUCUGUGACGACAGAAGAAGUCUGCCCGAUCCUGAACUUGCAUUGAAAUCAACCAAAGUUCCGUCUUCCUAUGGCACUUUAAGAUCACUUGAGUCAUCUUUGAAUCCACAGCUAACCAAGUAUGCUCGUGAAACAGAGAUGUCUAUUAGUUUAGCAAGAAGGGAAAAUCGCAACUUACUUUUUAAUCUCAGUCCAAUUAAACCGUUCCCUGGAGCAAGCGAUGGUUUUAUGCAAACUAAAGUAAAGCCUUUUGAAGAUAAUUUUGGUCACCGUUUCUUUGCACGAUGCGAAUCUAUCAACUUCCGUCUGCAGGCUCCAAUUGAUGGCGAUAAAGGACCGCUUGGUCAGGUUGAACCGUAUUUUAUAACCUUGGCAUUGUACGACUUGAAAUUGAAUAAGAAAAUUACAGAAGAUUUUCACUCCGAUGUAAAUCAUCCACUUAUGAAAGCAGUCAUACAAUCAAUACAGGCAAAUUCCGACGAACCAAAUAAGAUUUUUGACAUUCCAGGCGAUUGGCUUGCUUUCCCUAAACAAGCCGUUUUCAGUGUAAGGCAUAUUCAUAGCGAAGUGUUCUUAGUUAUCCGAAUAGAGACCAUCCUGCAAGGAUCUGUCGUGACUUCUGCUGAACCUUAUGUGAGACCUAAUUCGGAUAUCAAAACCGGAUUAAAAGUACAAAAAUCAGCCCGUUCCUACUGUAGUAGAUUAGGCCGAUAUCGAAUGCCUUUUGCAUGGGCUGCCCGUCCCUUGUUUCGUUCAUCUGGUGAACUUGAUACGACAAGCGAAAUCUCCACUAUUUAUCGACAAGAGUCUCAUCGUAAUUCUGACGAAGAUUUAAUCAAAACCCUGAAUGAUUUUAGAAGACCAGAAAAACUCAGCCGAUUGACAAUUAUCCCAGGAAUGAUUCGAGUCACUGUUGAGCAUCUUAAAGAAGCUAUGCCAAAUAUGUUGACUGCAUCAUUAGUGCCCAUCAAACCAUUUCCGUUGCCACCUGUUCAAGAACCUACAAUUGAAAUUGCUGAGUUUCCUACUGUCCGCGUGGAAGACGGUUUUCCAUAUAUGAGCUACGUCAAUCAUCUAUACGUUUAUCCUCGUAGUCUGAAAUAUGAUACCCAGAAGACUUUCCAUCGCGCCCGAAAUAUUGCUUGUGUGAUUGAACUACGAGACUCUGAUGCAAAAGAUGCUCAACCAUUGAAGAGUAUCUAUGGUCAAGUGGGACAGUUGCAAAUGGUGUCUCAGUGGGUGUGCUCAGUCUCUCAUCACAUCACAUCGCCGUGUUGGAUGGACGAAAUCAAAAUUAAUUUGCCUACAUCGUUGAACAACAAACAUCAUCUGCUCUUUACUUUUCUUCACAUUUCCUGCGAUUUGAGCAAGCAAAAGAAAGAUCGUGACAAUAAAGAAGUCCUUGGUCCAGAAGUAGUGGUUGGCUAUAGUUGGCUGCCACUGAUGCAUAAAGGACGAUUGCGAAUAGAACAGCAGGGCCUUCCAGUAUCAGCUCAUCUCCCGCCUGGUUACCUAUCAUUCGAACCCCUUGGAUUAGGCAGAGGAUAUGCCGGACCUGAAAUUCGGUGGGUUGAUGGUCAAAAACCCAUUUUUCAAGUUCAUCUUGAACUUGUGUCUACAGUAACGGCCCGAGAUCAACAUUUGCACAAUUUCUUUCUCCAUAUGGCCAAGCUCAAUGAAACUCGUUCAAUUGCUUCUCUGUUCCCUACAGCAGCCGAGCUGGAUGCUCACAAACCUCUAGAGGAGGCGCCAAAAAGCCCUGCUAUCCAGGAGAAUGGAUCUCGCGAGUUAUCAAAGCUGGUUAAGGCUUCGGACUUCGUGUCCAAGAUCGUCAAGGCUUUACAUGCUGUUGAUGUGACUGAAGUAGUCCAUCACCUCCCAGUGGUUUUAAACCAACUAAUGUGGCUCAUGGUCCGUAUUAACAGCGAGGAGUUGUCCGUCAAUGUAAUUAAAGUACUUAUCCACAUUGUCAACCAACUUCACGAAUUCGAGAAAGCAAAUAUUUUGGAUGCCUACUUGGAGUAUGUGUUUGUUACACCAACUCUGACGGAAUCGGCAAACAAAGCGACAGUUCACGAAGAGAUGGUUAAAACGUUGUGCGUCCUUUUACGACCUUCGAACACCGACUUUUUGGUUAUGCACAAGUUCCUUCGACACGCCAAUUUCUUUCUCAAACUCAUUACACGCAGUAUGGCUCAGCAUAUCCUGGAAAGCGGGAGAAUUAAAAUGCAGAGGCAAGAGCGAUUUCAUAUGGAUUACAUGCGCAACGUAGAGAGUCUUGUGGAAACGAUUUCACCUCAUAUUCAAAUUAAAUAUAAAGAUUUGCCGGACGAAACUCGACAUGCAAAUCUAGCGAUAGCUGAAUUCGUCAAAAAAUGUCUGUCUUUGAUGGAUCGAGGUUUUGCUUUCAGACUAGUCAGUAUUUAUUUGAACACUUUCCGACCAGACGACCCUCGAGCUUUGUAUGAGCUUAAGUUUCAGUUCUUACAAUCGGUUUGCUUCCAUGAACAUUACAUCCCUUUAAACUUCCCACGCGCUCCAAACUGGGCGGCCAUGCAAAAAAGCAUGAAGGAAUUGGACAUGGAAUUUCGGUUGUGCGACUCUUUCUGUCGAAGUCAUUAUCUAGCCGGAUUGAUUUUGCAAGAGGUCAGUUCUGCCUUAAAUGAAGUGGCUGACAUUCGCAGAAUUGCGUUAAGAUGCCUAAAGGAUUUACUAGCAAAACAUGAACUGGAUGAUCGUUAUCAAAAUAAAGGACAUCAGAGCCGAAUCGCAUCACUUUAUUUGCCUUGGAUUUUCAUUGUACUUGACAACUGGAACAGAUUAAAUGUUUUGUCUGUGGAAUCCACGGGUCCGUCCAGUUCAACUGCUUCAGCUAUUGGCUUUUCUAGUAUUGCGAGUCCCUCUGUAAAAACUGGGAAAUCAUUAUCUUUGCCAAGAAACAUUCGACCACCUGUUUUGACACCAGUAAACUCGUGGAAACGAAAUCCUGGAACUCCUUUGUCCCAGACUUCAUCUCCAGUCCGAUCUGACUUCAACCCUAAUAGAAAUUCUUCAUAUUUAGCCAUAAUUGCUGGUCAAGGGGUUCCAUGUUCUAGCAGUCAGGCAACUUUGACUAACGGUGGCUCAGUAGGCAGUCUAGGAGAAUCAGACAGCUCUUCCACAAUGUCGUUGGAUAGAUCUACAGUUCGUGAAUCACCUGAAAGUGAAAAAGGGGUUCAAGGAGCUCCUAGGGAGUCUACUGACACUGAGAAAACGGACAAAGACAAAAUAAAAACUCACUCAAGAAAUGCCAGCCUCGUAAUUUCUAACACACCAGUUAUACGUUACGACAAGUUACAACCGGACGAAGUAAAGGAAGUACUUUUGUGCCUGAUGUACGUCCUGAGACACGCCGACGAGGGGGCAUUAAUUGCGUGGUGGCACAAUGCCUCGCAGCAUGACCUUAUUUGCUUCUUCCAUAUAUUAGAACUGAGUUUGAGACAGUUUAAAUAUAUGGGAAGAAAGCGUUUUGGGAUUAUUGGUGACGGAAAUUCAUCUAAAUCCUCAACUCUUCCACCUCGCGUUCCUCCACCUGUGUUUGGAUCCAGACCAUCAACAUGCUAUGAACCCGACGGAGGUUCUUGUUUGGAUGGCGACAGUACUUACCGAUCUUUAUUAGAAUCAAAUUUGACAAUUGAGGUUGGCCUGAUAGUUCUUGAUGCAGUAGGUCUCUUCUGCCUUCAUUUCAAGGAGGCGUUACUUAGUGAAGAUGGGGAUAACCCCUUAAUGAGAAAAGUUUUAGACAUCUACUUGUCGUUCCUUCAAAUUGGUCAGUCUGAAAGUCUUUCGAAGCACGUAUUCGCAGCUCUGCGGGCAUUCAUCAAUAGUUUUCCUCUAGCACUUUACCAAGGUAAUGCUUGGCUUUGCGGUCGCUUAUGCUGUGAGCUGUUACGGUGUUGUGCUAGUAAAUUGUCAUUGGUGCGACAAGAAGCUUGCGCCGUCCUUUACUUGCUAAUGCGUAGCAACUUCGAGUUCAGUGGGCAAAAAGCCUUAACAAGAGUUCACCUGCAGGUGAUCAUUUCUGUAUCCCAGUUGCUUGGAGAAAUUGGUGGUUUGAAUAGCACUCGCUUUGGAGAGAGUCUCAAUGUCAUAAACGGAUUCGCAAGCAGCGAUAAAGCUAUGCAAUCUACUGUUUUCCCGGGGGAAGUUCGUGACUUGACAAAGAGGGCACAGACGGUACUUAGAGCAACUUUACAGAUGCGCCAACAAGCCCAAGACCCCGAACUGCUUAUUGAUCUGCAGCAUAGUCUUGCUAAUUCAUAUUCUGCCACGCCUGAACUAAGAAAAACUUGGUUGGAAACAAUGGCCCAUCAUCAUACUCGCUUGGGGAAUUGGUCCGAAGUAGCCCAGUGCCGAAUUCAUGUAGCAGCUCUCAUAACCGAGUACCUGUACCGUAGAGGACUCCGACAACAGGGAUGCGAAACCUUUAGUUCCUUAUCACCUAAUAUUGUUCAAGAUGAGAGCAACCUUCGUUUAGACACAGGAAUCCAUGAUACUCAGUAUGACGAAGCCAUGCUACUUGAACAGUUGGAAGAAUGUAGCCGUGCGGUAGAAAAAGCUGAACGCUACGAAAUGCAACUCGAAAUUUACCGACUUAUUCUACCAACUUAUGAAAAACAGAGAGACUACGUUUCAUUAGCUGAGUGUUUUAGUGUCCUUUCCCAGGCGUGUUCUCGAGCCAAUGAAGUAAAUCGAACUGGGAAACGGUUGCUUGGUACUUACUACCGAGUUGCACUGUAUGGAAAGGCCCGAUUCGGAGACGAAGCCGGUACCGAGUACAUCUAUAAAGAACCAAAAGUGACGAAUUUGUCAGAAAUCGCCGAACGUUUAAACAGGAUGUAUUGUGCAAAAUUUGGCACGGAACGAGUGAAGUUAGCAAUGGACUCGAACCCAAUUGAAGAUAAAGAUAUAGAACCGCAGAUGGCGUACGUUCAAAUCACGCAUGUCGUUCCGUAUUUUGAGGAGAAUGAUUUGACUGAGCGUGUUACGGAGUAUGAACGCAACCACAAUAUUAAUCGCUUUAUGUAUGAAAUUCCUUUUACUACCGAUGGGCGAGUCAGAGGAUCUCCUGAAGACCAGUGCAAGAAACGAAUUAUUUUGACCACUCAGUAUAGCUUCCCUUACAUUAAAAAACGAUUGAGGGUUAUCCAACGUGAAUUUUACGAUCUCUCACCGAUCGAAGUUGCUUUGGAUGAAAUGCGCUUGCGCGUCAAGGACAUUGCGGAGGCGGUACGGACAGUGCCUACAGACUUAAAGAAGUUGCAAUUACGACUACAGGGAAGCAUCAGUGUCCAAGUUAAUGCCGGACCACUAGCGUACGCGUCAGCGUUUCUGGUUCAUAACACCCAAAAUUACCCGGAAGAACAAAUCCAGCAAUUACAGGAGCUUUAUAGGGAUUUUGUGCAUAUAUGCGGGGCCGCCCUAGAAUUAAAUGGAAAGCUAAUCUUACCAGAUCAGCGUGAAUAUCACGAAGCUCUAAGAUCUAGCUUUCGAGAUCUUGUUAAUUCUCUAGGCGAGAUUCUCGAUGAUCCGUCAUUGAAUAGAGACUGGGACGGUUCAGUAAGUUCGAAUCCUUUCCUUAAACGAAACUCUGUAUUGGUAUUUUCAAGUGGUGGUAGUAACUCUACCGAUGCUUGAGUAAUUUUUCUUCGAUUUUUCUUUCUGUUUACUCCCAAAGACAAGUACAUUUUGCAUCGAAAACUGCUUGCUAAUCAGCACUAUUGCUGUAGAGAAGUAGUAUUAAAUGAUGUCGAAUGUUUAUUAGUCGUCAAUUGUACUUCCGGCUCCAGGGUAUAUUUGUUUCUUCGAGAGAUAUUGCCAUAUUGGAAUCUCCCUUUUACAACUGACACAGUUCCAGUAAAGCCUAUAUUAAUCUCAAUUGUAGACCUUUCAAUUCCGUCGCAUUACUACAUUGGAUAGUAACAAUCCAAAGUAGCAUCAAACUGAAUUUAAUUGUGUAAAAUCUCUUCUAAUAAUGUAAAGAUGGCUUCGCUUGACCCAAAAAACUUUCUCAACUUCACGGAAACCUGUAUACAGCGGCCGCAUCUGUAUAAUAUCUUUGUGACGUUGUUGAUUUUUCUAGAAUACAUCUGUUGACUCUG